CAAGGGAAUCAAAGUACUCCAGCUUUGGACGCUUCCUGAGCUUGAGAUGCAAACAAAGCAGGUCCCAGUCCUCUGGGCAUGCUUCCUCCUGUGGAAACUCUACAUCGCCUCCUCCCAGACUGUUUACCCUGGAAUCAAGGCGAGGAUCACCCAGUGUGCACUAGACUAUGGUCUUCAAGUUGCGGUGAAGAUGAUGGAGCAAAUGGCAAAGGAUAUUGCCAUCCCAGAUUUAAAAGGUUCUGAGUCUCUUGAAUUUCUGAAGAUUGACUAUGUAAAGUACAACUUUUCAAACAUAACAAUCAAUGCCUUCUCAUUGCCAAAUACCUCACUGGCCUUUGUGCCAGGGGUAGGAAUCCGAGCACUGAGCAACCACGGCACAGCCAACAUCAGCACCAACUGGGAAGUCAAGGCUCCACUUUUCCAAGACUCAGGAGCUGCUGAUCUGUUUCUCUCUGGAAUCUACUUUACUGGCAUCAUUGUCCUCACCCGUAAUGACCUUGGCCAUCCAGCCCUGGAACUCCAGGACUGCCAUGCCCAAGUGAGCCAUGCCCAAGUCUCAUUUUCUGGAGGCCUCAGUGUCCUGUAUAACUCCUUUGCUGAGCCCAUGGAGAAGCCCAUUUUGAGGAAUUUAAAUGAAAUGCUCUGUCCCAUUGCCAUCAAUGAAGUGGAAGCACUCAGUGUCAACCUCAGCACACUGGAGGUUUUAACCAAGAUUGACAACUAUACUGUGCUGGAUUGUUCCCUGAUCAGUCCUCCAGAAAUCACUGAGAACUACCUUGACUUGAAUUUGAAGGGUGCAUUCUACCCACUGGAAAGCCUCGUUGACCCUCCCUUCCUACCAGCUCCCUUUGAGCUCCCAAAGAACAGGGACUCCAUGCUCUACAUUGGCAUCUCCGAGUACUUCUUUAAAUCUGCAUCCUUUGCGCACUUUGUAUCGGGGGCUCUUGGUGCCAUGCUGUCCACCAAGGAGAUUUCCAACUAUUUCAGUCAAAAUACUCAAGGAAUUGGCAGUGUGCUCUCCAAGAUUGCAGAGAUCUACGUCUUAUCCCAGCCAUUUAUGCUGCAGAUCAUGGCCACAGGGCCUCCUGUUAUUGAUUUACACCCAAACAAUUUCAGCCUGGAGUUCCCUGCUUCUGUCAUCAUGCUCACACAAUUGGAGAACUCCACCAUCAAGCCCAUCGUCUCCAUGGACUUUGUUGCAAGUACCAAUGUUGGCCUGGCUAUUUUGGGACAAAAACUGAUCUGCUCCUUAUCUCUGAACAGAUUCCGCCUCUCUUUGCCAGAGAACAGCCAUAGAGAUGUUAAGGUGGUGAGAUUUGAGAAUAUUCUGUCUUCCAUUCUUCACUUUGGAGUCCUUCCACUGGCUAACACAAAAUUACAGCAAGGAUUUCCUCUUCCCAACCCCUACAACAUCUCCUUCAUCAAUUCUGAUAUUGAAGUGCUUGAGGGUUUCCUUCUGAUUUCUACUGACUUGACACAUGAAACAUCCUCAAAACAACAGCCAAAUCGCCACAGUUGGGGGGGUCUGAACCUGGUAAAUGGACCAUGGAGAGGACAGCCAAACCAUUGAUUCCUUGUUCACAAUCUACCCAGGCACCUUCAGUCCCACA